AUGCGGCCCGCCGAAGUCUUCGCCUCCGUCCUCUUGUUCUCAUCCCUCUCCUCUGCUUGGCCGUCAGGAUGGAACCUAGAAGUCUUUCAGGCAGUGAAGAACGAGAUCGAGCCACUCGUGAGGAGACAGGACACUUCUUCAAAGUUUGACUUGUCAUUCACAGGUCAGCAGGGAAAUACUGCUACCACGGAGUCCUCUUCUGCUACGGAUGCAACAUCAACAGGCGAUGCAUCGAAGACUACAGACGCAUCGCAGUCCGGCACCAAAACGGGUACCGCUACUGGGUCUGAGAAGACCACUGGAACUGCGAAGCAGACCGGAACCAGCACCGGCACUGGAAAGAGCAGUAAAACGACCACAUUCGAUGCAAGAUUGCCUGCUGGCGGUGUUUCGAUGAUCACGCCGAACGCGCUGACGACCUCGUACUUCAAGAUCGACAAUUACAUCACCUUCGCGUGGAAUUACACCUCGCUCUCCAUUACACCAUCUUACAUUGAUGUGCUUGCUUCAUGCAGCUUGAACCAGGCAACCUACACCAUCGCAAUGAAUCAAACUGUACAGCCGACCCAGACCCUUGUCUGGGAUACACGCUCAUACCAGGCCAACGCAACGAUACCACUGCUCACGGAGACUUACACCCUCAUCAUUCACGAUGCGGCCAAGGACGUGAGUGCUACAGCGUCGCCUGGCUAUCUCGGAACCUACGACCAGUUCACCUUCGGCAUGUACUCCCCACAGCCAUACACGCCGAUGAGCGACUGGGUGUGCGCGACCUGUAACUCGGCCCUGACACAGGCAGAGAGGCAAACCAUGUGGGCGAUCUUUGCCAUGGUCGGCGUUACAGUUCUCAGCUUUGGAUGGUUCACCGGUGUAGCAGGACUUUGGUGA